AUGAAGACUUCGGCCACUCUUUUGGCCCUCGUGGCCGCCGGCAAUGCUUCGCCACUUGGCAUCUCCGUCAAGCGGGAUGCCCUUGACAGCAAGGAUGCCAUGUGCAAGGGCUGGGAUCUCACAACCCCAGAGGGCGCCGACAAGCUCUGGGAGGACACCUAUUCCGGCGCUUCUCUUGACCUCUUCAUCAAGACUCAGUGGGAACACGAGAACUCGUGGGUCAAGAACCUCGAAGACUUCGUCUCAGGCGGCACAUCGGGCAAGUCUGGCGCCGCUGGCUGCUCAGCCCUCGGAAACGAGUGCAAGCCGUUGAACGACAUGACGUGCGAUGCUCAAUAUGACGCGUACGGCAAGACUCCGAUUGGCAAGAACUCCUAUUGGAUUUUCCAGGCAGUCAAGGGCAUGCAUGCCAAGUUCAACGAGCUGAACCGGCAGCUCACCAAGGAGACGCUCAUCAGCGGACUCCAGAUCGGUCAAAUGGUGACCGACUUCCAAGGCAACCAGGAUGACCCCGGCGAUGUUCUUAGCUGGCUUUCCGCCGCUGCCUCUAUGGGUGGUGCGAUUGGAGGUUUGGUUCCUGGAGCUGGAACUGCCAUCGCUGGCGGCUUUGGUAUGCUUAGCGGCAUCUUCUCUGGUCUCGCCGCCUCCAAUAGCGCCAACGAGAUCGACCAGGGCUCGAUCUCCGCCGCCCUGGCCGACGCAUUCAAGCAAGCCACCGGCGCCCUCGAGAACACGCUCCGCAUCGCCACCGGCGGCGGCACAAGCCAGGCGGAGUACGACUCACUGCCCGCCCCGAAGUGGGACACGUUCCAAAGCAAGAUCACAAAGUUCUACAACGGCGGCUGGUUCCUCGUCGACGACGACGAACAGGCCGUCACCGUCGCCCUCCAGUCCAUCAGCAACAAUAUCAAGCCAAAGGUCGCCAACGACGUCAUGAGCGCCGCCAAGCUCUACCUUGUCGCUGACAAGCGCGACAAUGUCAAGUCGCGCGAGGACUGCGGCUACGCCACGGGACGCCAGUGGAUGGCGCUUCGGGACGGCGAGGAGUACUGCUUCUACAUCAUGCUCAACAGCCCCAACCCGAACCGCGAGAACGACUGGGUCGAGGUUGAGGCCGAGGUGUACGACAAGAUGGCUUCGUACGGACUCGGUAACCGUGACCCGUACUACCGCGCCAUCAUCGACUGCGCGCUCAACGGUGGAGACGACAAGGAUAAGGUUGACUUGAGCAACCUAGCCUGGGGCAAGGUUCCCACGUGCUACUUCAAUUUGCCGGCUGUCUUUAUCGAGAAGGAUACCAACGUUGGCUGCGGUAGCCCUUUUGAUAACCAGGGCUGCAACUACCUCAAGGCCACCCCGAUCUCGUAA